ACGAAAUAUAAUUAAAAUUAAAUUAAAAAAUAUCGAAAAACCCUAAACCCCUUCUCCAAGUUCCCUGUAAAAUCCCCUUUUUAGUUUCUUCUCUCUUCAUUUUCUACCAAAAACCCUAAACUUCUCUACUUCGUUCGGAUCAGGAGCUGGUAAAAUGAAUCUCAACAAUGUCAAGGUUCCCAAGAUGCCUGGUGGUGGUGCAACUUCUGCUUUGAUCAAGCUUGGAGUUAUUGCUGGUCUUGGUGUGUAUGGAGUUGCCAACAGUCUCUACAAUGUUGAGGGUGGGCAUCGCGCGAUUGUUUUCAACCGUAUUGGUGGUGUCAAAAACAAGGUUUAUCCAGAAGGGACACACUUCAUGAUUCCUUGGUUUGAAAGACCAGUCAUAUAUGAUGUUCGUGCACGACCCCAUCUUGUGGAGAGCACUUCGGGAAGUCGUGACCUCCAGAUGGUAAAAAUUGGUCUUAGGGUGCUCACUCGUCCAGUUUCAGACCAACUACCCACAGUUUACCGAACUCUUGGUGAAAACUAUAAUGAAAGGGUCCUACCUUCAAUUAUCCAUGAAACUUUGAAGGCUGUGGUUGCCCAAUACAAUGCUAGCCAGCUCAUCACCCAGAGAGAGAAUGUUAGCAGAGAAAUAAGGAAGAUUUUGACAGACAGGGCAGCCAACUUCAACAUUGCACUUGAUGAUGUAUCCAUAACAAGCUUAACAUUUGGGAAAGAGUUUACUGCUGCAAUUGAAGCAAAACAAGUGGCUGCUCAAGAAGCCGAGAGGGCGAAAUUUGUUGUGGAAAAAGCUGAGCAAGAUAAGCGAAGUGCUGUUAUCAGAGCUCAGGGAGAAGCUAAGAGUGCUCAGCUGAUUGGUCAAGCUAUUGCCAACAAUCCAGCAUUUAUCACUCUCAGGAAGAUUGAAGCAGCCAGAGAAAUCGCCCAGACUAUCUCACACGCAGCAAACAAGGUGUACUUGAGUGCCGAUGAUCUGUUGCUUAACCUUCAGGACUUCAACUUGGACACUACAAGAAAGUGACUUGGAUAGUGCAACUGAUUGAUGUUUCAACUAUCAAUAUUUUGUUUCCCUGCAAGCCUACUGCCCCUUUCAUGUUUACAUAAUGACGACUUGAUAGAUGGUUUUCUUAGUUAUUUGAACUCUUGAACAUGGAAACAUUGCACGAGAAACUAAUGUUGCUUUAUAAAUUGUAUGCAAUUAGUACAUUGACAAUCAUGUAAGAUCUGUUUGUUUUAAGUCCCUUAUUUCUGUUGCU